AAGGAAACCCGAGUAAAAGCACACUGACCUAACGGCCCCGGUGCUACGCGUGCUGCCGUGUCUUGUCUUGUUUCAGGAGAUUAUUUGGGAAGUUCACCUGGCUGUCGCUGAUGGAGACUAGACAACAAGAGUUGUACUCUAGUGUUCUGAGUGAAGCAGUGGUGGACUGGGGCAGCAUGGGUCCUGGAGAGGAAUGUGUUAAUUCAGCCACACACAAGGGAGAGCAGGGUUUGAAUCAGGAUAUGUUUUACCCUUCUGGCGAGGAAUCGGUUAAAAGGAGCUCACAUGGUGACGACUUGGCUCCAGAGGCCCAAAAUGGGGAAAACCUGGAAGAAUGGGGUAAAACUUCACCAUCAGGGGACGAUCAGUGGUGUCGGGCAUCAGUGUCGCACUCUGACAACUGGGCCAUGUCCACCACUUGGGAUAUGCAACUGGACAGCACAGAGAGAGGACACCUCACAGCAGGUUUCCUGGACUCUGAGCCAUUGAGAGAGGCUGAUGAAGAUAUGGCCUCAGAAGUCAACCUAAACAACUCCAUCAUGACGGAGGAGGAGAGAGAGGAGAUUCAGCAAGAGUUAGCUAAACUGGAGGAGGAGAUCAGUACGUUGAAGCAGGUUUUGUCGUCCAAAGAGAAGCAGCACGCAGAGCUCAAACAGAAGCUGGGCGCGACUUCUCUGUACGAGCUCAGGAACAACCUCAGUAGAGGCUGGCACGACAUGCAGACCUCCACGGCCUAUAAGAAGACAUCCGAGACGCUGUCCACAGCAGGACAGAAAACCUCAGCCGCCUUCAGCACACUGGGCAGCGCCAUCACCAGGAAGUUCGGGGACAUGAGUCAACACAACACAAGUGUGUCCAACUCUAUAGGCUACUCUAUCAGACACUCUAUGAGCAUGCCCACCAUGAGAAACUCUCCCAGCUUCAAGUCUUUUGAGGAGAAAGUCGAGACUACAGUGUCCACCAUCAAGACAAAGGUUGGGGGUACAGGGACCGCAGGCAGCUUUGAGGAAGUCCUCUCCUCCGCAGCAAAUGCCAGCUCUCAAGACACGCCCACUAUCAACUUGACGGACAGCUCUGAGAGGCCGUGUUAGAGCUGCGUCCACACGGUGAGGCGGGACUUAAACCAGGAACUGCUGUGUUGCAGCACUUUUGUCACAUAACUUCUCAAUGCUCUGACUGAAAUUUUACAGAAUACCUUCAUUUGAUCGAACGUGUUAAGAUGCUUUUGUAAACCAUGUUUGUGAUUAAAUCUCUUAACACUUGCAUGGAAUUUCCUGCAAACCCUAAAUGCCUAGACUUAAUCAAAAAGUUACGCAAUUUCUUGUUUGGCCCAAAUUUACUCAAAAUAUUCUAAAGCAGCAGUUGUCUACCUUUUUUAUUUUGAAAGCUCAAGACAGCUGACGUCAAAAGCACACCUACCUGGUAGAGGGCUGAUAAACCCAGUGAGCCACUCAGAUUGUUGUUGUUGUUGUUGUUAUUAUUUUAUUAUUAAACUGGGUUUAAAGGAAGAAUCUGUCGACAACCUAGAUUAUUUUAUGAAUGUUACCAAGAGAUCAGAGCAUGUUGGUCUUUUUGUUGGACUUUUUUUUUCAGUGUCGUGGAUUUAACCAAUGAGACAACAAAUGUCACCUGCCUCUGGUGACCUCCACACCAUGUUAAACCACAGUGGUCGAUCACAUGGGGGUUGAAGCGGAGACACAGCUAAGCCUUAGUUAAAAAAUGAGAAUGCACAGAUUCCAGACAAAAGCAAAAACCCUGUAUUUCUGCUGUCACUUAAGUUGAGCGCCUCGUGGUUUGGCUCACGUAGUCACCCUCUCAACACGAGUGGAAAAACCGAAUCACAGCUGGAAUUCCUCAGACACAAAAUAAGAGGUUAUUGAUGCCUUCUUUUGUUGUGUAAAUUCGACAUAAGUGGAAACAGCCAUGUUGGUACAUUAUCACAACUCUACAUUACUAGAACUUUCAUACCAAAAACUACAUUUUUAGGUUAUUAUUAGAAAUAGGUGUUUGGUAUAAAAAUACACAUAGUUACAUUUUACUAAAACACGUAAAGAAAAUGUACAUAGAACCCAUGUUGAUGUGAUUAACCCAGAUGUCCUGGGGGAAAAGAUUAUUUGUAGACUUAGUAUAAAUGGUUUUACACCAAGACAGAAGAUCUUAAGAUGCAGCCACUCAUGAUACUUUUUGAAAUCCACAGCUGACUGUUGUACACAUUUUGUGGUGCUGACAGUUUGGGUUGGGCCUUAUUUGAAUGCUGGAUUAGAUUUAUGGCACGAAUAUUUAGUCUGUGCAGUCACACUAUAGGACUAACUAGUCUAUAAGAAGAAAUGAAACACUAUUUGCCACGUGCGCAAAAUCUGAUAAAUCACUUGCUGGAAAUGACAAAAACAAUUGUGUGCACUGUUGUCUGCAAACAUCUUCACUCCAGCGGUUUAAACUGGGGUUAUUUAUUUUUGAAAGUUUCAAUGUUUUUAACAUUGUGUGAACUGCUGUACCUCAGAUAAGUGCUGGAUCCGCACAGGUUUAAAGCAUGACAUUUUACACUAAAAUGGUCAAGAUAGUGUAAAAGCUGAACUUUUUUCUGAGGCCUAUGUAACUGACGCACAGUAUAACAUUAAUACAACAUCAUACUGCUGCUUGCUUUGGCUUCACAAACGGGGAUGUGAUUUCUUUCUUUUUUUAACUCUCAUGGUGCAGAACUAACCUGUUUAAUGCUGAAAGACACAACACUUUUUUUACUGCUGAUGUUAUGAAAAGGUUGGUGCCACAAAACAUUAAAAAAAAUCUCAUUUAAUUUUUGUGUAAAAUCCCUUUAUUUCUUUUAAUCUUUUCUAGUACGGCCUCUAUGGCCACCGCAUAACUUUGCCAUCAAAGUGACGUUCUGUUUUCAAUAUAUGAUGUGUUUUGUGUUUCUCAUAUUGUCUUUCAUGUGUUUUUAAGAUUUUCUUUUCUUUGCUGUGGUUUGAGAAGACGCCCCAGAUCAUUUCAUGUGUUACGCAGUCUGUCCAUGAAAUGUAUUUUAAUAAAAUUCAUGUCAACAUUCAAGUACUGAAUGAUCUUGCAUAGCAAGAAAAUGUUGUCAGGUCUGAUCUUUUACCAAGUAACUGAGGUCAUGCAUGUUAUGUCAUUGGAAAAUUAAUUACAGUACAUGUUUUUAGAUUUUUACAAUGUGUUGGGUUGAAAUCAAACUGAACUCAGCAGUUAAGACUUUAACAAAGGUUUCUACUAAAACUCUAAAACAUAACCCCCAAGCUGUGACAUUCAAAUAAAAUAACUGUUUAACAUAUUCAUCUGUAUUCAUACAUUACACACCAUUACAAAGAGCUGUUUUUAUGGCUGAUGUGAGGUGACAACAUUUUUACAAUAAACACUGAACUGUGACUGAA